GAACAUGUUGAAAGUGGCCGCUUUGGUAAUAUUUGCCAGCGUUGUUGUGAGCGGAUGUAGGUACAAAGACUCGGAAUGCGCCGACUACGUAGUUGUUGAGCAACAUGCAGAUUAUGAAAUUCGUUCCUAUCCAGCGUUGACCUGGGUGAUGACAAGCGAAGAAUCUCGAGUACCAAGAAUUGCUAAAUUCAAAACAUUCAGAAGGCUUUUCAAUUAUAUCAGCGGCGAGAACGAUCAAGGUAUAAAGAUCAAUAUGACUGUGCCUGUCCGAAUGAGAUCUACAAAAACUGAUGGCAAAACCACACUUGAGAUGAGCUUUUUACUACCAUCGGUGGUUUCAUCAAGUCCUCCUGUUCCCAAUGAUAAAAGUCUCACUGUAUCUGCAGAAGAUCCCACUUUAUAUGCUGUUAGGUAA